AUGGCAGUAGCCGGUUUGAACAUGUCGCCUAUUUUCUCUGGAUAUCCAUUUCAAGGCCAGGGACGCGUGAACCAACUCGGAGGAGUGUUCAUCAAUGGACGUCCGCUACCCAAUCACACGCGGCUAAAGAUCGUCGAACUGGCGGCCAGUGGCGUUCGGCCUUGCGUUAUCUCCCGCCAAUUGCGUGUGUCGCACGGCUGUGUGUCGAAGAUUCUGAAUCGCUACCAGGAGACCGGCUCGAUCCGACCGGGCGUUAUUGGUGGAUCUAAGCCGCGUGUUUCCACUCCGGAAAUCGAAAACAAGAUCGAAGAAAUGCGUAAAGCUAACCCUGGAAUCUUCAGUUGGGAAAUCCGGGAGAACUUGAUCAAAGAAGGAAUCUGCGAUAAGAACUCGGCUCCAUCGAUCAGCUCCAUCACCCGUUUGCUCAAAGGAGGACGCCAUGGAGAUUUCGAAGUUAGAGGAAACCACUCGAUCAACGGCAUUCUAGGAGGAUCAUCAUGCGACGACGAUGAUGAUAGCGACACAGCAUCCGAGCCUGGUUUUGAACUCAAACGCAAGCAACGCCGAUCCCGGACCACUUUCAACGGUGAACAGCUAGAAGCGUUGGAGGUUGCAUUCGCCAGAACUCAGUAUCCGGAUGUUUACACUCGCGAGGAACUCGCUCAGAAAACGCGACUCACGGAAGCUCGUGUGCAAGUUUGGUUCUCCAAUCGCCGCGCUCGUCUUCGCAAGCACAUGAACUCCUCGCAGCUCUCCGCUUUCAACUCCCAGUAUCCAUCCCAGUUCGAGCAGCAAGCAGCAGCUUCAGCAGCAGCUGCUGCUGCUGCUGUCUCGGUCCCAGCGGUCACCAGUUCAGCUGGUUUCGCAUCCUCUAUGCAAUCCUGGGGUCAACCAUGCUACCCAACCGUCAACCAAGCCUCAAUCCACGCACCAUCCCAAACCGCUUACAACCCAUUAGCGCAAACCAUGAUCCAUCCCACAUCGGCCACCAUGAGCCCGCCAGCAUCGCUCAGUCCACCGACCUCAAUCAGUCCGGCACACAUGGGCAACACCAAGAUGGCCCCUUCCUCGUCUCCGGCACAGAACACCUCCACCUCCAACUACAACUACUUCUCAAUGUUGGACAACAACCACGCUCAACCCUACGCAAUGAGCUCUGCGUACGGAACAUCCAGCAGUGCACCCAAUCCAGCCGCUUCCGCCACCAUGGACAAUGGAAACUCACAGUGGCGCUCGUCCCACUCCGCCCACAACAAAGCCGCCGAAUGGGACGCUUAUAGUUCAUUCUUCUCGAACAACAUGAGCCACCACCACCAUCAUCACUACUCGGGUUCGGCCGCCGCUGCUGCUGCUGCUGCCGCCGCAGAAGCCAAGUCCGGAUAUCCCUACUUCGGUCAGCUGGGUGGUUUGGAUAUGAGCCGUCUGCACUAG